AGAAAUGGUCCCCGUAAGUAGACAAAAGUAUAUAACUCCAUAUAUAGUUUGGUUUCGAUUAGGCGAAAAUCAUAUUCAUUAACCAGAAUCACUCAUUUUUAAUUAGCAAUUCCUGUGAUCAAGUUAGCUGCACAAUAAGGCAAGAUGAUGAGGGCAUUUGAUAAGAUAUUGACUAGCACCACAUUGGAUGUCGAUGCACACGUGGCGUUACGCCCACCAUUCUUUCUUUUCAACGCAGAGCUUGGUCGGUUGAAGAUGACCUCCAUCUUCCUUUCACACAUUGCACACACCAUUUCAUUUCAUAUCUUUUGUUUUUGGUAUUUCGAAUUUUAGUUUAUGAAGCAUCAUCUUGUUCUUUUGAGGGGUUCGACUAGAAAAUUGAAACAAGUCUUGCGUUUUUAGACAGUAUAUCUUAUGGAUAGCUUAGUUCUGCAAGAAUCAUUGUAGUUUCAGAAGAAUUACAGUUUGGUUCUUACAUCUCUUCUGAGGGUUCUUUCGAGAUCUAAAAACCUCGAAACCAUUAUAAACACCAUCAACACUUCCAUUGGCAUGAACUUUGAUUGACUAUGAGAUAAAAAAGAUGAUUCCAAGGGAGAUUGCAGAUUUGGCCAAGCAAGAAAGCAGCAGUAGCGAUCAUUCCAAACUCGCGUUUAGGCCCUCGACAACCACGGCUUGGUCGAGGCUAAAAGAUCCGCGGAUCGUGCGUGUGUCGAAAGCAUUUGGAGGAAAAGAUCGGCACAGCAAAGUCUGCACUGUAAGAGGCCUCAGAGACCGGCGCGUUCGCCUUUCGGUUCCCACUGCCAUUCAAUUGUAUGAUCUUCAAGAUAGGUUGGGGCUUAGCCAGCCGAGCAAAGUUGUUGAUUGGCUCCUUGAUGCAGCUAAGCAUGAAAUUGACGAAUUGCCGCCGUUACAGAUUCCUCCCGGAAGCUUCCAGCAAAUGGUGGUGGCUUCUCAGGCUGAGAAACAGCGGCUGAAGAUCGGCGGAGCUUCUGUGGAUUGGGAUGAUCAGUCGUUGAGGUCAUCGUCUUCUAGGGCAGCUGUUUUUGGGGGGAAAAUUAGGGUUUCAGGUGAAGAUGGUGAUGGUGGUGGAGAUGAGAGUGUGAAUAAUUGGGGAAGGAAUGAAGAAGACAACAAUGGCGACAGGCAGAUGAUCGCCAUGGAAAAUCAGGAAAACCUGAUGAACAGCAAUUCUAGUAAUCCUUACAGUUCGUAUGCUCGAUUUGAUCCUUCGAAUUUGAGUCUGUCUCACCCUCCGAGAAGCUAUGGAUCGAAUUCGAAUUCGAAUCCGAAUCCUCAACAGGAGGAUUGGCAGAGCUUCGGCUUGGUUCCGAUGCCGACUCAUCAUCAUCAUCAUCAUCAUCAGGUCUUCGUUUAUCAGCCUGGAACAACCACAACACAGUCGUAUUUUCCGUCCGCCGGAGAUUAUGAUCCUCGGCAGGCUGUGAGGCAGAUCCAUUUCAUGAGCAGUCUCCUCCCUCCGCAGAACGAUGAUCAGAUCGACGGCCAGAGAAAAGGCCGCAUUUGAUUGCGAAAACCUAACAGGUCAAUUUUCUGAUCCGAUCCUUGUCAUUAUUUCAUGCUUCAAUUUCAUCGAUUCCAACUGUUCGAUCGAUCACUGGGAGGAAGGAAGGAAGGAAGGAAUACUUCAGGAAGAAUAUAUUAUUUAUAUAUAUAUAUUUAUAUAGUAUGGGGAGCGAUGUGUUCAUAGAUUUUGCAUAAAUAUUGUCAUUUCAGCUCUAAUUACAUAUAUAUAUAUAUAUAUGUUCUGCGUGUUUGCUUGUAUUUAAUUUUAUAUAUAUACGUAUUUGAUUGACGGUAAGUUCUCAAAUGAUUUAUAACAUUGUUAUUAUUAAUAUUAAUAUUAUUAGGGAGGUUUUCUGUGUUAUGUAAUUGAUCACACCUGCAGAAAUGAAGGAAAUCUCUGCAUUAAAUU